GGUUCCCAAGAGAAACCGAACCGAUUUAUAUUCCGUAACGUCUAUAAUAAUAUUUACGCGCUCCUCAAUGUUUUGAAUUUAUCUUUCAAAGCCGAUCGUCGCUUUCCUCACUGUCUCUAUAGAGAAAAAGAAAAAGGAAAAACCUCAAUCCCACAUUUCUCUUCUUUCGAUCUCCUUUUCCUCACCAACCGCUAUUCAAACCCUAAGAUUUGAUGAAGAUGAAGACCAAGACGCCAUUGAAGCAGCUCAAGCUCUCUGUUCCCGUUCAAGAAACUUCCAUCCGUUCUUUCCUGACUGCAAGUGGAACAUUUCAUGAUGGCAAUCUACUCCUGAAUCAGAAAGGAUUGCGGCUUAUAUCUGAAGAGAAAGAAUCGCAGACUACAGAUUCUAAGGAGCUUGAUGUUGAUUUCUCGCUGGAAGAUCUAGAGACUGUGAAAGUUAUUGGGAAAGGAAGUGGAGGUGUAGUACAACUUGUUCGACACAAAUGGGUUGGAAAAUUUUUUGCCUUAAAGGUAAUCCAGAUGAACAUACAAGAGGAUAUCCGUAAACAGAUAGUACAGGAACUGAAAAUAAAUCAAGCAGCACAAUGUUCACAUAUUGUGGUCUGCUAUCAUUCUUUCUACCACAACGGUGCCAUUUCUCUUGUGCUAGAAUACAUGGAUCGUGGUUCUUUAGCCGAUGUAGUCAGACAAGUCAAAACAAUUCUUGAACCAUAUCUCGCAGUUGUUUGUAAACAGGUUUUACAAGGUCUGGUAUACUUGCAUCAUGAGCGACAUGUUAUACACAGAGACAUCAAGCCAUCCAAUCUACUUGUGAACCAUAAAGGUGAGGUCAAAAUCACUGAUUUUGGAGUAAGUGCAAUGCUAGCAAGUUCUAUGGGUCAGAGAGAUACAUUUGUAGGGACUUACAAUUACAUGUCGCCUGAACGAAUUAGCGGGGGAACAUAUGACUACAGCAGUGAUAUAUGGAGUUUGGGUUUGGUAGUACUUGAAUGUGCAAUUGGAAGGUUUCCUUAUUUGCAAUCUGAAGAGCAGCAAAGUUGGCCAAGCUUUUAUGAACUCCUUGAGGCAAUUGUAGCAAAGCCACCGCCUUCAGCUCCACCGGAUCAAUUCUCCCCUGAGUUCUGUUCUUUCGUUUCUGCUUGCAUAAAGAAGGACCCAAAAGAAAGAUCAUCAUCAUUAGAUCUUCUGAAUCAUCCUUUCAUCAAGAAAUUCGAAGAUAAAGACAUUGACGUCGGGAUUCUCGUCGCCAGCUUGGAUCCACCGGUAAGUUUUCCCAGACAACAACAACAAUAACAAUAAUCAUAAAACAUUUGUGUUUAAUGUAACAUUUUAGAAGGAAAAAGAAAAAAAAAAAAAAAAAAGGAAUUUACAAUCUGUUUCUUUCUACCUUUUGUGUGUAAUAUGCUUUUUUGCCUCGUAAAACAUGGAAUGUUUGGUUGUCACAUUAGUGAUUUCGUAAUGUCAAUCUUAAUCAGCCAGAAAUAUUUGUAAGAUUUUCUUGGGUUUAUUUAUUUAUUUAUUUCUUUUGUAAAAACAUAAAAUGAAACUAAUUAGGUAAGGAAAUUAAACUUAAACUUAACGAAGAAGUUCCCAGGAAAAAAUUCAUGUUUGAUUGAUUUUUUUUCUCCACAAACCUAAUUCUUCACGACACAAAACUGCUAAUUUAAAACAAAUU